AUGGAUCCAAAUUACUCACAUGUUCAACACUCGACCCAGAGGCACCAGUUCAAAUUCUACAAUGUCCUGAUGCUGGUUGCCAUGGGGUUCGGGUCGAUGAGCUUUGGCUACAGCAGUGCAGUCAUAGCCAUCACCCUCGGGCAACCGACCUUUCUCAAGUAUUUCGGCCUCGACACAAAUCCUAACGCGAAUGCUCUGAUAGCGACGACGAACGGUCUCUACCAAACCGGCGGUUUCCUUGCUACCUUUUCCGUGAGUGUUCUGGCCGACAGAUGGGGAAGAAAAUGGGCAAUCGCCGUGGCGGCAAUUCUGAUCUUGGUCUCCGGGGCGCUCCUAGCCGGAUCCGUGCAUAUUGCCAUGUUCAUCGUCUUUAGGUUCUUCAGCGGUGCAGGGGGGUUUAUGAUACUUGCGGCGGUGCCUCUCUUGAUGAACGAGGUCGUCCCGGCAAAGAACAGAGGGAUGCUUGUGGAUAUUCACGGCGCAUGCUUCCUCUUUGGCUACAUGAUCGCAAACUGGAUCGGCUAUGGAUUUUAUUUCCUCAGCCUAACAAGCAAUAGUGCGUGGAGAGCGCCAUUAGCCUUCCAAUGUUUGCCACCGCUGACUGUACUUUGCUUCCUCCCUUUCCUCCCAGAAAGCCCGAGAUGGCUUCUGAUGAACGACCGCUACGAGGAUGCCGGAAAAGUUUUGCUCAAAUUGCACACGGCGGAGGAAGCUGCUGUCGAGUUGGUCGAAAUCCGCAAUCAAAUGCAGAUUGACAAGACGCUCGACAGCAGUUAUUGGAAUAUAUUGCGGAAACCCAGUUACCGCAAACGUGCCAUUUUGUCGGUGGCCACGACCUGCUCGGUCAACUUCUCGGGCAUCCUUGUCAUUAACAACUACGGUCCCAGUAUCUACAAGAGCCUCGGCUACGGUACGGAAAAGCAGCUGCUUCUGACAUGCGGUUGGAACACUCUUUGCUUCGGCGCCGGGGUCAUGGCCAUCUUCUUCAUCGACUACUUCUCACGGCCCAAACUCCUUGUCACUGGCAUGCUCAGCUGCAUGUCCUGUCUCAUUGUUUUGGCUGCGCUAAUUGCCACGUUUGGAGGUUCAGAAAACACGGCGGCUUUGAAGGCGGCCGUGGCUAUGAUCUUCAUAUACGCCGUAACCUACGAAUCACUCCUGGAUGGGACACAGUUCGUUUACAUAGGCGAACUGUUCCCCUCUCAUCUCCGAUCGAAAGGUGUAUCCUUGGGUGUGGCAGGAAUUGCCCUCAUCAACAUUGUAUUCCUGCAAGCUGCCCCCACCGCAUUCGCCAAUAUCGGAUGGAGGUACUACUUGGUUUUCAUAAUACCUAGUGGGAUCUUAGCUGUUGUGAUCUUCUUCGUCUUCCCGGACACGAAGGAUGUUCCGCUUGAGGAAAUCUCGGCAAUGUUCGGGGAUGAUGAUGAACUGUAUCAUCCCAGUCUUGAAGAUGGACUCGCAAAGGAAAAGGUCGAUCAACACGUGGAGAUCAGUACGAAGUCUGCCGAAAACUGA